AUUGAAGCCCAAAUGCAUAUACCAAUAAACUACACCAUUUUCACUCGCUACCUCGACUUAAUAACCUAAUACAUAAAAUUACAUAAAAUUGAGGCAUCUUACGAACCUGAUGCCGUCGUCAUGUCCUUCAGGAAAAGAAAUGCUGUGAUUAGCAGCUCAACUUCAUCUCAGUCAGCCCCAUCCAAGACUGAAAAUGUAUCUAUCCCCGGAGUUCGACCGUCUCUUGUUGAUGGCCGACCAACUACAUCUACUGGAACCGCAUCUCUAGACAGUCUACUUGCCGGGCAUGCUGGCUUACCCCUAGGCACAUCGCUUCUUAUCGGAGAGCAUGGCACUACCGACUUCGCUGGUAUACUUCUCCGUUACUAUGCCGCCGAGGGUAUGCUUCAGGGGCAUCAAAUCCAUGUCCUCGGCUUACAUGAAAGCUGGCGUCAUGAGCUCCCGGGCAUUUCAACCGAGGACAAGAAGUCAUCAAGCAAGUCGGAGACUCCCUCGGAUGACAAGAUGAAGAUAGCUUGGAGAUAUGAAAGCUUGUCGUCUGGGGGAGCCCCGAGGGAUAGAAAUGCAGCCCAGAGGCGAAGUAAUUCUGCGACUGAAUCUACUUCUAUCUUCUGCCAUUCUUUCGACCUCACCAAAAGACUCAGUCCUACCAACGUCAAGGGCCAAAUUGGCUUUCACCCUGCCAUGAGCAUACCGGGUCUACCUUCCCACACAAAAGAGUCAACGUCGCCUUUCAAGCUGUUCAUCAAGAACGUAGGUCAUAAACUAGCAAAUUCGCCGUCGUCGUGGAUCCAUCGCGUCAUAGUACCGAGUCUCUUAUCCCCGACGGGAUACGCUGGCUCGUCUGCUCGGCCCGAAGAAGUCUUGCAGUUUUUACAUGCGCUUAGAGCGUUAUUAAGGCAGCACCCUGGCAAGCUCACUGCUAUUAUAACGUUGCCGCUAUCGCUUUACCCUAGGACUACAGGACUUACACGUUGGAUGGAAAUAUUAUCCGACGGUGUUUUCGAACUUAUCCCGCUCCAGUCCAGCGCUGUUCAUGCCCCUCCCCCGUCUUCAAAGUCGGAUUCAAAAUCAGAGGAGCAGACGCAGGGACUUCUUAAAGUCCAUAGUCUACCGAUUUUCCACGAAAAAGGCGGCGGCUCUUCUGAGGGCCAUGCUGCCCAUGGAGAUCUGUCGUUUAGCUUGAGUCGAUCUAAGGGGUUGGUAAUAAAACCGUUCUAUUUGCCUCCUGUCGGGGAGGACGAAGAGGAAAGAAAGAAAGGAGAUUCUAGCAAAGGAAGCAUGGAAUUCUGAAGUUCUGAAAUUCGUCUGAGAUGUAUAAGUAUAGCGGUUACAGUGCGAAUCUAUAAGUCAGACGUGCACACUGUAUCAGACCCCACUUAGAGCUCUCCAAAUUUUCGUCGACUUCUCCAAGUUCGACGGAAAAAAAAAAGCUUUUGGUUUCUUUCAAUCUUCAACAACCACAACAGGUAAGUCGAUAAUUUCGUUUUACUCAGAACACUAUAUCGAAAUGAUUACAAAAAUCAAUAAUCUGUCAAUCCACUGAAAUAACAAUGUUGACAACCUUCUAUCUGGAAAAAUAUGAUCACCCAAAUUAUUCUACAUUGCAUAUGACAAGUUUUGCCAGUACAAACGCUGACUCUCAAGCAAACAGAUAUUUCUGUUCUCCGUG